AUGUUGACUAGGAGAUCGCCCGUAUCGGCUUGUCGAUACGCAUCUACCAAAUCAUCCACAGAAACAUUCGGAACCGGUGAUACAGGCAUCACCGGCGCACCUGACAUCACAAAUCACUAUACCAUCUUCCCUCGCUCGAUUCCCACCGGCCCACCACCAGCGUCAUCCUUUGAUAUCUCCCUUGGCGAUCUUCGUCGCGAGUUUUUACAAUUACAGAACCUGGUACAUCCCGACAAGUACCCAUCCGGAGAUGUUAAGCAACACGCGGAGGCGAUAUCGGCGCGCAUUAACGAGGCCUACCGCACUCUUCUAGACCCGCUCCAACGGGCACAAUACAUUCUUCGCGAGUGGCACGGUAUCGACGUUCUUGCCGAAGAUGGCGCGUCUAAACAUGCACUUGACCCUGAGACUUUGAUGGAAGUUAUGGAGGUGCAAGAGACGAUUGAAGAAGUCGGUGCUUCACCAGAGGCAGAGGCAGAAAUCAAUGUGCUGAAGGAAGAAAACGACCAGCGCAUUGAGGCGUGCGUGGAAUCUCUAGGCGGUGCAAUUGACCGGGGAGAUAUCGAUACCGCGAGAAAGGAAUGUGUUCGCUUGCGAUUCUGGUACAGUGUGGGUGAGGGGCUACGGGAGUGGGAGCCUGGCAGCACGGAGAUUAGGCUCAUGCAUAGCAGCUAA